AUGUUGCUCUGCCCACCAAAUUUAUGUAUAACAAAAUUUCAAAAUAGGGCAUGUUGAGAAUCAGAAAUCAAUUAGUAUCAAAUAUAUAAUAAGCUAAAGCGCUAUAAUUGUCUUAAUGACUUUGCAAUUCAUAUAUUUGAUACUCACUUUCAAUAAUAUUAAUGAAUUGAAUGAAGAAAAUGGCGUUAUUGAUAAUUAAAAUUGUCUGUAGAUCAAUGGAAUCGAUCUAAAUAACUUAAGAAUAUAUAAUGUAUUAGUGUUUGAAUGUUACAUACCAGUUCUUGCAUAUUUCAUAUUAACUUUGCUUUGUUGUUAAUUAUGUCAUGUAGAUAAAAAGUAAUUUAAUCCUCCAUCAAUAGACUUACAGGAUACAGAAAUCGAUUAAUUAAACAAUCGUUCAAGUUAAGAUUAAUUAUAAGAAUAAGUUUUGAAUUAAUAAUAGCAAUAAUUCUUAUUCUUUAAUUUAGAGAAGUAAUUUAUCUUAAUUAAUCAAUAAUUGAUGUUUGUUAUUCAAAUCAGUUGGUUUUUUAAUUUGAUGCCAAGUUGUUUUAUCCUUGUGCUAUAAAUUUAAUUGUAUUUUUAUUUUUGGUUAUUGUUGAUAAUACAUGCUAUUUUGUAAUUGUUUGUUAUACUAAUAAUUUUUAUUGGGGAUGCUAUCACGAUGAAGAAUUGCCUAUUAUAAGCAUAGUUGAAACACAAUCCUUCAGUUUUGCAAAGAAUAGUGUAGAAAGUUCAAGUGAAUAAUAAAGUAUUUAUCUUAAAAAAGAUAAUUAGAAAGCCAAGAUGAGCAUCCAUCGCCUUAUUUUGGUAUCUGA